UUCCUAUGAAGAUGACUUCUUAUGCCAAACAAGAAACUCUAUUGCUGCUUCUUCUGAUUCUUAUUUUUCAUGAUGUUUUUCAAGCAGCAGAUUCGGCUUCAUUCGAACUAUAUCCUGCAGGAACCGUCUUUUCCAAUUAUAAAGGUAGAAUGCUAAGAAAGCUGCCACUACGGCCACCGGCACCUAAGCUAAGUGGAAAUCCGCAUUAUAAGUUUUUUGAUCCGCCACCGCCACCACUACCACCACCACCACCGCUACCGCUACAUUUUCAAAUAAGGACAGCUCCAAAUUUACGUGUGGUACGUAAGGGUUCACCACCAGCUCCAAAGCUAAGCAAACCCCGGAAUUUUCGUACUUUUCUUCCACAACCCCCACCACCGCCUCCCCCAAGGCCCCCACCACCGUCGCCAUCACCUCCACCAGUACCACUACCUCCCCCACCAGUGUAUAAACGAUCUUCGAAGUGCAAGUAUUCUCCUCCACCGCAAACAUGAUACUAUAGUUUUGACCUUAUAUAUAUUGCCUCGUUUAGAUUUAUUUAAUUUAAUAAAGAAACUAACGCAAGUUAUUACUAAUAUAAUUAUGUAGUUUGUCUUUGUACGAGAUAUUAAAUUUUUUUUUUUUUCA